UUUUUCCGACCACAUAUAAUCCUCUUCUCUGUCGUCAUUCUGGCUAUUAGUUUCUUCCUCCCUCCGUCUCUGCUAUCCCGGAGCCUGUCCCGUCUUUCGCAGUUGAAGCGACAACUACACCCCGCCCCCGCAGUCCUCUUCCACGCGCGAAACCUCAGUACAGCAAAUAGAACAUUCGGCACAAUGACAUACGAGAAAGAGCUAGAGAUUGCCCUGCUGGCUGUUCAACGAGCUACGAUUCUUACCAAAGCCGUAUAUUCGUCGCAUGCGAAAGGGACGCUCUCCAAAUCCGAUACAUCGCCCGUCACAAUUGGUGACUUCGGCGCGCAAGCACUAAUCAUAUCUUCGAUAAAACACGCUUUCCCAGAGGAUGAGAUCGUGGGCGAGGAAGAUGCCGACGAUCUGCGCAAGAAUAGCAGUCUGAGAGAUCAGAUCUGGGAGCUUGUUCAGGCGGCGAAGCUGGAAGACGCUGAGGCAGAGGAGAAGAUUGGAGGACCUAUCAAGAGCGUGGAUGCGAUGCUGGAUGCAAUUGAUUCUGGAAAUAGCCAAGGGGGAAGAAUUGGCAGGAUAUGGGCUUUGGACCCGAUCGAUGGGACUAAGGGUUUCCUCCGCGGUGGACAGUAUGCUGUCUGCCUUGGUCUACUCGUCGACGGCGUUCCUACGGUUGGUGCUAUUGGAUGCCCGAAUCUCCCGGUCGACGACAAUGCACCAUUGGAUCCGUCAAUUGGAGCGGAUGCAGACGACAAGGAGGGUAAGGGCGUGCUCUUCGGCGCAGUCAAGGGCCAGGGAGCCACCAGUCGCCCCCUAAGCAAAGGGGCGCUUCAAGAGGGAAAGAAGAUAUACAUGAAACCUCUCGAUGACACAAAACAGGCUACUUUCUGCGAAAGCGUGGAGUCAGGCCAUUCCAGUCACGGCGAUAAUGCCGCCAUCGCCGCCAAAUUGGGCAUCACGAAACCGAGCGUGCGGAUGGACUCUCAGGCGAAGUACUGCUCUAUUGCGAGAGGUGCUGGUGAUCUGUAUCUGCGCCUGCCUGUCAGCAAGACGUACGAAGAGAAAAUCUGGGAUCAUGCCGCUGGUGCGGUAAUUGUGCAAGAGGCCGGCGGCGAGCUCGCGGAUUCGGAAGGGAAGCCUCUGGACUUCGGGUUGGGGAGGACUUUGAAGGGAAAUAAGGGCGUCAUAGCUGCUCCAAAAGGGGUGUUUCCCGAGGUUAUCAAAGCCGUCAAGGAGGUGUUGGCUGCGAAACUGUAAGAGAGGAUCAAGAGGAUCUGACGGCAAAGCAUUUCAGGCAUCAUAGCAUCGUGCGUGUACAUCGACUCACAAUGAUCGCAAUCACAAAAAAGGAAUGACCCAGUUGCUCAAACAUCUUUGAUCAUUCCGACCAUGGGUAUGCCAUGUUGCCACCGCUCUUCUAUGCGAGUAUAAUACAGUAUCCCAAUUAGUACAAUCCGAGCCCUCCAAUUCCACCAAU